UCCAGAGAAAGAGGAGGAGGAGGAGGAGAAAGGAAGAAAGAGGCGGGUCCCCGUCUGCCCUCCUUUAAGCCUCUGCAGACGGUGCAACGCCCAAAAAGGAACACAGCCUGGGCAACUGGCGUGAGCUGUCAGCACAGAUCCCACUUUGGAGACCUUCAAGGAUCUGUAUCCCCAGCCGGAGAGGUCACAAUGUCUAAAAAAAUCAAUGGAGGCUCUGUGGUGGAGAUGCAGGGGGAUGAAAUGACGCGUAUAAUAUGGGAACUAAUCAAGGAAAAGCUGAUCUUUCCCUAUGUGGACCUGGAUCUUCACAGCUAUGAUUUGGGCAUAGAGCAUCGUGAUGCAACCGAUGACAAGGUCACUGUGGAAGCUGCGGAAGCGAUAAGGAAGUACAAUGUUGGGAUCAAGUGUGCCACAAUCACUCCUGAUGAGAAAAGGGUAGAAGAAUUCAAGCUGAAGCAGAUGUGGAAAUCUCCGAAUGGAACAAUCCGAAACAUUUUGGGGGGGACAGUCUUCAGAGAAGCCAUAAUUUGCAAAAACAUUCCCCGCUUAGUAUCUGGAUGGACAAAACCCAUCAUCAUUGGCCGUCAUGCUUAUGGAGAUCAGUACAGAGCCACAGACUUUGUUGUUCCUGGCCCGGGAAAGGUAGAGAUGAUCUAUACGCCAAAGGAUGGCAGCAAGCCUGUAACCUAUUUGGUCCAUAACUUUGAAAGCUGUGGAGGAGUGGCUUUAGGAAUGUACAACCUUGACCAAUCCAUCAAAGACUUUGCCCAUAGUUCUUUCCAGAUGGCAUUGUCUAAAGCCUGGCCUCUUUACAUGAGCACCAAAAAUACCAUUUUGAAGAAAUACGAUGGUCGUUUUAAGGACAUCUUUCAAGAGAUCUAUGAGAAUCAAUACAAGUCAAAGUUUGAAGCCAAAAACAUUUGGUAUGAGCAUCGGCUGAUUGAUGACAUGGUGGCUCAAGCCCUAAAAUCCGAGGGAGGUUUUAUCUGGGCCUGCAAAAACUAUGAUGGUGAUGUACAGUCUGAUUCGGUUGCACAAGGUUAUGGUUCCUUGGGAAUGAUGACCAGUGUCCUGAUCUGCCCAGAUGGCAAAACAGUUGAAGCUGAAGCUGCUCAUGGCACGGUGACCCGUCAUUAUCGCAUGCACCAGAAAGGACAAGAAACUUCUACAAACCCUAUUGCAUCCAUUUUUGCCUGGACUAGAGGUCUGGCUCACAGGGCAAAGUUGGAUAACAAUACGGAGCUCAAGAAUUUUGCCACUGCCUUGGAAGAAGUCUGUGUAGAGACCAUUGAAGCUGGCUUUAUGACUAAGGAUCUGUCUGCCUGCAUCAAAGGGCUACCAAAUGUGAAGCGCUCAGACUACCUGAACACAUUUGAGUUCUUGGAUAAACUUGCAGAGAACCUGAAGGCAAAGCUUUCUUCCCAGCCAAGACUUUAAGAGCAAGUCUUCGGAAUUGCCCUGGACAGAAGAUUUUCUGCCCUGCACUUCACAAUAUCUGAAGAAACUAAUCUAAAUUGGAAAUCAUCCUCUAGGGUUUUUUUAAGUGAAGCACCCAGACAAGCUCAAUGGUUGUCUAUGAAUUAUUCCCUCAUCAAGAGCCGUCCUUCCCUCAAGUGAUAAGCACUGGUAGGGGGCAGGAGAGCAAAUCUUUUUGAAAAACCUGUUUUAAGUAAUAGAGCUGGUUUUGCUCUCUAGCUGGUCAUAUUCCCCCCACUGGACUAUGUAAGCAAUGCAGAAGUCUGACGAAUAGCCUCAUGAGUCAAGUGCAAAAUUAUAACAUGUCUGGAAAUUUUUAAGAGGAUUUUACUUACCAGUGGGGGGAAAUACAGGUUUAGUUUUUCACCAGAAGCUCUGCACUGGUGCAGAGGCAGUCUUUCCUUCCUUGCGUCCAAUUACUAGUCUGAAGUAGAGGAAUGGUUGUCACAUCUGAACUAGAUGCUUGAAGAGCAGGAAGGUGGCCAGAUGCAUUUUGUACAAGUGCUGUUCCUUAAAAUGUCUUUUGUCAACUGUUUUUAAUAUUCUUUUAUUCUGUUUCUCAGAUAUUAAAUACCGUUCCAUCCAUGACUCCGGGCUUUUUGCUUUUAAGGAGUAUUUUUUAAGGUGUGUGUGUCUCACUUAAAUAAACAAGUUAUAUCCA